AUCACUCAGAAUCUUCAUACUGUCCUCUCCCAGCAGUUGUCCUGAUUUUCCCGCUAAGAUACUGCUAGGGCAGAGAAUACCAUCCAGAUCUGGAGAUCCCUAGGGAGGAAGAGGAGCCUUCUGCUUGAGGAGUCUGCCCCUGCCUGAUAGGUGCUGAGAAUGAAGACACCGCCUGCCAUGUUUGGGAUUCCAGGGUUGUUUAGCAAACUCUUAAUCCUCCAUGUGGGCUUCUGGAGCAUCCUUGGUGAAAAGUCAUGUCAAGUACAACUUAGAAUUCCCAGGCAUUCGGAAUAUGCCACAGUGGGAGAGUUCUUUAAAAUGAAAUGUCCUGUGGCAUAUUGUGCUCAGAGACCUAAUGUGACAUGGUGCAAGUACAGUGGACCAAACUGUUUACCUCUUGAGAUUGGACCUCAGCAACAUACUGGUUGGGAAGACAAGGACCAUGGUUCAGUUUUUACUCUCCAUUUUGAACCAGUAUAUCGCAGUGAUGAUGGGUCAUAUAGUUGUUCUGUAGACAUUAAUUCUGACAUUAUUAAUAGCAACAUAAUAACCCUCCAUGUGACAGAAAGGACUCAAAAUGAUCCAGAACACCAUCUAAUAACAGUGUCUGAUACCCCAGGUGCCACCAAUGCCUCAGGACCACCCAUCAUGGAAGAGAGGGGGAGCAGGACCUGGCUGCUUUACAGCUUGCUUCCUGUGGUGGCACUGCUUUUGCUGCUUGCCUGUUUCUGCCUGGUCUGUUUCCUGAAAAGGCACCAAGGGAAAGGAAAGAAGAAUUCUGACUCAGCAGGAAAGGAAAUUAACCUGGUUGAUAUUGCAGUGAGUCCCAGGGAAAAUUCCCAAACACUGCCCUCAGAAACUGCCAUUUAUGAUAAUGAUCCCUGGUCAAGUGGGCAGGAAAGUUCUGAAUCCACAACUAAUUCACAAUCUGAGGGAAACAAACAGGGCAUUGUGUAUGCUUCCCUGAAACAUUCGAUUAUUGGAAGGAAUCGAAGACAGUCAAGCAACAUACAAGAGGCACCCACAGAAUAUGCGUCCAUUUGUAGGAGAAGCUAAACCUUGCACUGAUGCAUGGCAUGGAGGGCUUGUGAAUAUCACUGUCUGGACCUCCAGUGUCAAAUUUUCACAUUCAGAUGGUUCGUGCUGGGGCUGUGUCUUAAAGAUCCAUGGAAUACUUAGUUAAAAUUUCUCCUGAAAACUCUGAAGGAGUUUUGUACAAGAGCCUUGAAGAAUCGACUUUUCUCUGGAAAAACUCAUAGCACAAAUUGCAGCAUAAUAGAAUGUUCAAAUCUGACCAUGCCACACCCAACAUGUGAAUUUAAUAUUUCCCUUGGAACUAUUAGAGAGACUUACAGGGAAGAAAGAAGUGUGUUAUUUGGGUCAGCUCACUACACAUUCUAGAAAAUUAAUGGCCCAAUUUGACUAACUAAUCAUAAAUACCGUAAUGAUUGUAUAUUCCCAACCAAUCUUCCACGAUAAGACAAUUUUCCAUGUCAAUUUAUAGCUCAUGUUUUAUUUUUCUAAUUUAAAGGAAAAUUAUCUUGGACUCAAUUCAGAAAAUGAUUAGAAAGGAUAAUUGGUGCAAUACAGACACAGAAUAUGUCAGAUAGAUGUGGGGGGGGCGUGUAUAUUUUCACCACUAAGAUAAUGAGAUGUUUAUCUCUACCCUGUUAGAUUGAGAAACUCAGGGAGUAAAGAAUUCAUCAUUGAAUAGUAAGUGCAUUUGUAACCAAUGCAGAAGUGUUUGGAUCAAAUAAUGUAUGCAAAUGUGAUGCUAUGCUGCUGAAGUAGGGCACACAUGAACAAAUGAACAAGAGUCAGUGUGAGAUCAGGUAUUAUAAGGCAAAUCAAUAUUGAAUGUUUAAACCACCUUGUGCUUUAACUGAAAACAAACUCAAAGGAUAGUUCAUGAAAGGAAAGAGUCUGGAAUAGUUAGUUGACCAAUAGGGGCUGACAUACUUUCACUAAUGUCUGUUUCUUGCUUCUUAUAAAGUGAAUAAGGACGAAUCAUAUGUAAUGAAGUAUGUCAUAUGGAGACCACUCAGGUUUAAAUUCUGACUUUGUAACUGCUUGAGAGGCUAUAUUUUCAAGUUUUCUGAAUUUCCAGAUUUCUUGAGUCUAAUUGUUUAAAACACAGAUCAUAAUUUUACUCAUAGGCUUGAAGCUUGAGUUCUCAGACUCUGAAACUGAAUAGCGUCACCAUUUUAGUAUACAAGAGCUAGAAGCCACUGGAACAAACACAUGAGCUGCUGAAUGAGUGAAUGUGGUCUAUGUAAUUGUGCAUGUGUGUAUGUCCCUGUGUCCAUACUUGCUAACAUGCAAACGUAAAAUGUGACUUACAGAAACAAGACAAGAGAAACCAGUCAGAUUGCCAUCCUAUUUUUAGUUUGCUUAAAAGGUACAAAGCACUAGAACAAAUUGGUCAUUAAAGAAAAUAAGGUGUGAAGUGGUGACAAUAGGAAUGGGAUUAGAGAAUGUAUUCAUUAACACAACAAAGAAGAUUCACUGCAAAACCCUCCUCACCUAGUGAGUGCUCACACCGGGUUUUGGUUCCCUGGAUCAGGAACAGCAGACACUGUUUUCAGAUAAUGUUGCAACCAACCAUAGGUAAGCUCUUUCAGUUGGGUGCUUUUGUGGGCAUUUAUGCAAAAAAAAUGCCUUAGAAUAGCUGCUUUAGCUGCUCAUCUUCAAAAUAGAAACAGGAAGUAUGGGGGAUGAACACAGCACCUUGUCCCUCUUAUCAGAUCAACAUGGGAGUUGAGCAAGUCUCUCAGAAUUGUCUCCAACUUGAAAAGCUAAAUUCUAUUUUGUUUAAAACAAUCCUUUAAAAAUGUUGUGUGUGUCUGUAAUCUGUGUAUGCAUGUGUGUGUGUGUGGUGUAUGUGUAUUGUGGUGUAUGCACGUGGGUGUGUAGGAGCCAGAAGAGGACAUCAGGUGCACUUUUCUAUAGUUCUCCAUUCUACUGUUAGGGAAAGGUCUCACUGGACCUGGAGCUAAGCUAGCAGACAGCAAGCACUGUGAGGGAUCCUGUGUCUCUGUCCCUCAGAUUGCUAGGGUUAUAAUUGUUUAUGCCGGGUUUUUACAUGGGUGUGGGGAUUUCAAACUCAAGCCCCCAGGCCUGCAGAGCAAGCACUCUUACUUGCUGAGCCCUCUCCUACUCCCCCUAUUUAAAAUGCUCUUAUCCAGGCAAUGGUGGUGCAUGCUUUUAAUCCCAGCACUUGGGAUGCAGAGGUAGGCAGAUUUCAGUGAGUUUGAGGUCUGCCUCCUUUAAAAAGCAAGUUCCAGGACAGCUCAAGCUGUGACACAGAGAAACCCUGUCUCAAAAGACUAAAAAAAAUGUAAAGUUCUUAUUGUAUUUUAUAAUGAAAGAUGAAAGACACUGCUAGAGACUUCACCUCUAUAAAUGGAUGAUUAUGUCUAUGCUUGUACCAUGCCUAUCACAUAUCACAUAUCACUUAUGCUCUUAUUCCUACUUAGUAAAUGCAUAUAUUUCCUCAAAGAAAUCUGCUCUAGGAUUAUUUCCAUGUUUAUUUAAGUCACAGAUGAUAGAUAAUUUAAUGAUUUCCAUGAACUUUAAGACUGUUGAUUGUUCACAGCGAGAAAGUAAAAUUGU